GAGGUAAGAAUGAGCUCGAUCCCACUCGCGAGUUGGGCUCGCAGCGGCUUGAGCCAGGCGCGAGCGAGGAGCAGGUGGUCGAACAGGAGUUCAUCGCCACGGAGAUGACGGACGGGGGCGGCUUCAGCCAGAAGCGGUUCAGCGGGGACGACAACGACGGCGCGGCAUCCUACAAGGUGUUGAAGAGGUGGGCCAAGGCGGCGAUCGUGGUGCAGAAGGCCGAGAACACCCCGGCCGAGGCGCUCGGCCCGUGGUUGUACACGAUGUUGGACGGCCAGGCCGUGGAUUUGGCGGACAUCAACGUCGAGUCGGGCGAGGGGGUGGUGUUCGUGCGCCUCGACGAGAGAUUCCCUGACAAGGUGGCAGCAGAUCGUCUGGGAGAAGCCAUGGAGGAGGGUUUCAGCCUUCGCAUCCAGAAGCACGAGACGACGGAGGCCUACACGGACAGAGCCCAACUCGCGCGCGCCCGCUGUGCCAGGAAGGGCGUGGACCUUCCGCCCGUGGCCAGGGCCUACCUGAUCCUGCGCGGCGCGAAGCUGGGCAACUUCGGCAGGGCGACGAUCACGUCGGCGACGCACUGGAGCUGGCACGUGGACGAGAUCUGCACGGCGAUCAGGACGGCGUUCCCGGGGGCGCCCCCGGAAAGGCCCGCGCAGGCGGCGUGCGCGGUGGAGGAAGAGCUCGACGGCAGCGAGGUCAAGGAAGAGGGCGCCGAGGACGAUGUCACCCAGAAGAUUGACGCGAUCGUCGAGGCGGCGGAGCCCGUCGAAGAGUCGGAUGCAGUGGAGAUCCUGGCGACCUGGAAGCAGACGCGGGUGGCCAUGAACAAAGAGCGUCUGGAAAGAGGACUGAGGUGCAAAAAGAUCGGCCACGUGAGCCGGGGCUGCAAGGCGCCGCACCUGGCGCGCAGCUCGCAGAUGGUGAUCGCGGAGCUGGUGGAGACCCACAGCGAGGAGGUGAUAGUGCAGGCAGCGCAGGAGAUCGCGCAGGUGGUCUACGACCUGGACGACGAGAUCAACACCAUCCUGAAGGUCCACGAGGACCACGCGUUGGCGAAGCUCAUCCAGGAGGAGCGGCGGCAAGGGAUGGGGCACGAGAUGAAGGAGGACCAGGAGGGCGACGACGCGGUGCUGGAGGUGAAGGCCAUGGAGGAGGACACGGCCCUGGGCGUGACGGUCCUGGGCGCGACCCCCGUGCCGGACACGGGGUGCUUCAAGUCCCUGAUCGGCGCGGAGACGCCGGCGAAGCACGAGGCGGCGACGGGCAAGAAGGAGUCGAUCGGUGCCGUCGAGCUGGACUGGCUGAUCAAGGGCUACCAGGUGACGUUCGCGGUGUGCGUGGUGCCGGGCGCUGCCGGCAUCUUGAUGAGCAAGCCCGGCCUGAAGGCUCUCGGCGCGGCGAUCGACCUUGAGACGGACUCCAAGUAUCUGAGAAGGCUCGACAUCAUCACACCGUUGAAUGAGACGGCCGCGGGACACUACGAGAUCGACUUUCUGAAUCGGGAGAAGAGCGUGCGUCGCCAGAUCCAUGAGUCAGGAUUCAGAGAAGGUCGGAGCCUCGACAAGGUGAACGGCUGGGACGUGGACAAUGGUGACGACUACGACGCCUUGUGGAAGCACAUCCUUGAAGACCAGCCGUUCUUCGUGCAUAUGUGCCCUCCCUGCCAGGAGCUCUCGACCAUGCAGCAGUGCAUGCCGCUGGGGCGUCGGGUAGACCUGGUGCAGCACUUCGACGACGUGAGGUGGGCUGUGAGCUUGGUGCGCGUAGUCGUGGAGAUGGCGAUCUACCAGUUAAAGCGAGGCAGGCACUUCGUGUACGAGACUCCCCCCAGAUGUGCGAGUCUCCGGGUGCCCGUGAUGAGGCAGUUGAGGAUGCCCAGGGAGUAUGUGGGCGUCGCGAGCGUUCGCGAAUUUGGCUUGAGAUACCCGGAGAUACCCGGAACGCUGAAGUGCGGGAUGAAGCGCACGAUGUUUAGCCAGCGAUACCCCCCGAGGCUGGCGCAGGCUAUUGCGCGGGGCAUGCGACGGCAGCGCCAGGUGGAGGCGCCCAGCUCCGAGUUUGGAUGCUGCGCAGUGCUUGGCGAGGAGGGCGCCGAGGCGCAUCUCCCCUUCAAAUGCGUGAGCAUGGACUGCAAGGACAUGCCCGGCUCGAUCGUUGGGGAGAGGAUCACGUGCCUGGGCAUCAUCGACGAGACGAGCUCGCUGCACCAGGUAGAGCCAAUGAUCGGCAUGACGGAGACAUCGGAGAACCUCACCGAGGUGAGCGACGAGUUUACCAGCUGGUGCGAACGUCAGGACACCGAGGUGGUGGACACCGCAGGAGGCGCGAAGGAGCAGAACUGCAAGAUUGAGCACCGCAACCAGCUCUUCGAGAUGAUGUUGGAGGACAACAGCCGGGAGGCACAGCCCAAGACGGAGACUGAGUGGCGCGAGUGCGUGACGGAGCUGGUGCUAGUCAAGAACAGCCUCCUCUCGGCGACAGGGGCGUCACCGAUGCAGAUGGUGUUCGGUCACAACCCAGAGGUCCCAGGCGACCUGCUGAAGGACAACGACCCGAUCGCGGCGCAGCAAGCGCGGGCGAGGACGAUUGCCCGCAUGAAGGUACUCAUCCAGCAGGACAAGUUGGCGGCGCGGCGAGCGCUGGACUCUCGACCGAGAGUGGGGGCCAAGUACCUGCCUGGCGACAUGGUAGCCGCGUGGCGCAUGGUGAAGAACAAGGGCAUCCCUGGGAAGCGUGCUCACCACAGAUGGAGGCCAGGCAUCUGCAUGGGCGAGGUCCCGAGCCAGUUCAUCCUGGGGACUCCCAGAGGGCUUCAGGCGAACAGGAAGCAGCUGUUCACCCUGAGGGGCUCCGAGAGGGCCUCGGCCGAACAGGAGGCAGCGGAUGAUGGCGAGGCGGGGCAUCCACCAGAGAGACGACGCCUGCGAGGCAGGCAGACCGUGGACAAGCGGACGUUGGACGAGGCGCACAUGCCUGAGGAGGGCCAGAUGGUGGAGGACCGCCAGGAGCAGGAGGAGGUCAAGCGCCCCAGGCGGGGGGAGCAGACGACCGUCGACCACCAGGGCGACAACCAGGGCGCGGCCAGCGGACAGCAGGUCGGCGGGAUCGCUUAUCCCCCAAGUUUGCCAAGUCCGCUGCUCGUCGACUCGGCGGUCGCCCACCUGGCUGAGGAGGUGGACGAGGCCAUCGUCGCGGGCGUUGUGGGCGUCCUGCUCGCGCAGGGGAGCAGGGAGAUCAACUUGCAGAAUGAGAGGUGGAGGUCGCUCGAGGGUCGCGUCAUGAUAGAGAUGGCGCAAGAGACGGAGAUGGGUAGCUUGGUGCGCGAGACCAAGGCCUGGAGGCCCGUAGACUCGGAGACGUUGAGGCUGCUGAAAACUCAGGUGCCGGAGCGGAUCUUGCGCCCGAGACCCGUGCUGACCUUGCGUCUCGGCGAUGACGGCGAGGACGAGGUCGAGUGGCGGUGCGCCCUGCAAGGCGACUACGCGAUGAAGGACCACUGCCCCGAGCAGCUCUUCGAGGUGGUCAACGGGUACGGGUUGGGACACCAGUCUCAGCAGUGGUGGCGCGCGUUCGAGCGGUUCAUGGUGGGGGAGCUGCAGUUUGACCAGCGCCCGAUGGUCCCGUGCGUGUUCCUGCUGAGGGAGCCAGUGCCGAAGGAGAGCGCCCACCUCGUGGCCAGGGACCGGGCGUCGGUGAUUCCGUGCGCCUACGGGGGGUGUACGUCUACGCUGGCGUGGGAGAGCAAGCUCCUGAAGGCCUCUUUGGGACACUUGGAGUGGAUCAUGCGCGCUUUCGCGGUUACCCUGUACCCCAUGUUCUGCCGAGAGAAUCGGGACAAGUACUCGAAGAAGUUUUCGGCGAUUCGUGCGAUAGAUUGCACGUCGGCGUUCGAUCACGCGACUAAGCCGGGGGGCCCGACAGGGCUAAAGCUGAGCAAGCGGCUCGCGCUUGCCGUGCCGGUGCUACUGUUCCGCCUCCCGGGCUGGGCAAUGGUGAAGUUCGAGGUGACAGGGCGCGACGACCAGGCCAGGGCUUUCAUGCUCGGGUUGUCGGACGUUUACCCAGAGGGCAACGCGCAGGUGACGUUGCAGUGCGCGGCCACCACGGGGAACGCGCAGCUGUGCACCACCGCCGCGCUGGAGGACGAGGUGCGAGAGAUCCUCGCGAGGCUCGAAAAGAUGUGCGUCAAGUGGCAGAGUGCUCCGCUCGACGACAAGCCGAAGCUGGAGUUGAAGUGCCCGGCGGCGGAAUUCUUCCGCGUCAAGACAGAGAAGCCGAUGCAGAACAAGGUGACCAAGCUGAGCGUGCCGAGCGACGAGGGCUACACCCAGGCGAUGGACACGAUCUUGGAGAACGUGGUGUGGUCGCUGGAGGGUUUUCCCGUCAUGAGGGACCGCAUCCUGGAGGUGCUGCAGCCGUUCGUCCCUGGGGCGAACCUGGCCCCCGAGGUGGGCUCUCCGUGGGACCCGGGCGCGGAUUGGAUGAUGAGAGAAGAG